GGAAGUGGGUAUUCCCAUCGUAAACAGGCUCUGAUAACACCAGAGACCUCUAAACAGGGGUAUUAGAAAAUCAUUCGCUGACCAGCCCUUUUUUUUUUUUUUUUUUUUUUUUACAUUUCUUUUCACAUCAUUCCAUGUUAACAUCAGAUUUUCUAUUUGCCCCAGGAGGUCCGUUGGGCAAAUCUAUGGAUACCUUUGUUUACAUACACGUCACCAGGAAGUAAAAGAAACUUCGAAAUGUUGAGACAGGAUUCACAAGGCGACGUGCCACUGUUCGAUGAGGAUGACACUGCACUCAGAAAGAACAAGUUAAAAAUCCAACACCCUGUGGCCACUUUCUUCCACCUGUUCUUUCGAAUAAGUGCUAUCGUCGUGUACCUGCUGUGUGAGCGUAUUAGCAGCAGUUUCAUUGCCAGCAUGGUUACCAUCAUACUCCUUCUCUCCUGUGAUUUCUGGGCAGUUAAGAAUGUUACUGGAAGGCUUCUGGUGGGAUUGAGGUGGUGGAACCAAGUUGAUGACAAUGGGAAGAGCCACUGGGUGUUUGAGUCUAGAAAGGAAAGCAGUAAAAAAGAGACCUCGAGUUCAGAGGUCCGAGUGUUCUGGCUGGGUUUGGUCAUGUGCCCAGUCUUAUGGGUAUUCUUUGUGUUCUUUGCUCUCAUUUCCUUCAACGUCAAGUGGUUGGUGGUGGUGAUUAUGGGACUGGUAUUACAGUGGGCUAACCUCUAUGGGUAUGUCCGUUGCAAAGUGGGGGGUGGAAGCAAUCUGAAAACCAUGGCAACCAACUAUUUUGGCCUUCAGCUCUUUAAGCAGGCAAUGAACAAUUCACAAAGACCCUAAGGUGCCUACAAAAGAUCCAUUAUGUUGGUGCUGCAAAUGUCUUAACUUAUUUUCUUAAAAUCACAUUCAGUGGGACACUCACCUCCUCUUGCAUUUGUUUGUUUUGUUCUUCUUCUUCCUCUGAAAAAAUGAAUGUGGGCUUUGACCUUCUUAUUUAAAACUGUCUGUGGGGUUUCCAUCAGUUUUCUAAAAUUAAUUUUCAAAUUCCUAAAUAUAUAACAUGUUGCCAAUAUAUUGUAAAAUAAAAAGAAUGUAUUGUUAUAUACGUUUUGAUGUUAGAUUUAUAUAUGGGCCUUUGGACGAAUGAAAAUUGUUCUUUUAGUGGCCUCUGAUGUUCAUUUAUCGCUUAAGAGUAGAUGAAAGAAAUGUGAAUAAUAUAUGGGGAUUCGUUUUUGUAAUAAAAAUGUUUAAAGCAUUUUAUUUAAUCAUUCUUUGUUAUAAGGUGCAAUAAUAAAAAUCUCCACUGGCCACGUU